CAGACACUGGUUUUGGGGGUAGAUGCUCAAGGAUUUCCAGGGGGACUCCUGAGGCUCGAUCCCGCCUUUGCGUAUGUCGAUCCUCCUUCCUCAUGACCUUUGCCAUGGGCAGAGUACCUCAUGCUGGCCCCCAACAUCUUUAUCUCUGUAAUGACUUCAUAGUUUCUGCUAUUAAUAUGGUUUGUUUCCUUUCUUUUGUCAAUAUAAAUUAGUAAACUAUUGUCAUUAUUUUGAGUAGAAGUUCUUUCCUCUCAAUUCAGAGGAAAGAACCUUUUCCUCUGCAGCAUAUUGAAUUAGAUUCUGGUUUGCAUUUAGAGCCAUUAAAGGGCAGUAGGAGUAUGUCUUGAGGAUACUAGACAUGCCCUGGUGGGAUAACUUCCCCAGCUGAGAUAAUCACAGGGUCUCUAGCUAAAGGUGGCUAGGCUUCUCAGACAAGAGGAGUCUAGGCACCUUCCCUGGUAGAGGAACGUCAGGUGUCUUGGGAGGAUCUAGAUACUCAGAACCAAUCCAGUCCACCUGGAACUCCCAUUAUCAAGGUCAAAGUUUUUUGGUUUUUUUGUUUUUUGUCUCAAUCAGAUUUCCCGCUACAGUCUUGGCAAAUCUCGGUAUUCAACUUACGCUGUGAUUCUGAAACUCCACAGUUAAAUUCUGGUUUUCUUUGAAGUUCGCUCUGUGGCUAAAGGAGAGAUUUUUUUUUUUAAGUCUCCUAUUAUCAGCAAUCUGAGCUGAGACCUUAGAGCCUUGAGCCUCAUUGUGCGAAGUGUCCGUUAGAAUUUAGUACACCCAUUCCACCCUCAGUCUUUGAGAUAUUUCUAGGCAACAUCACAGCCUUCCCUUGGUCCCCCACACAUUUGCUUCAAUAGGGCACUUCAUCACAAUCAACAGUGAGGAGAAAUUUAACUUAAUUGUGAUGUUAUUAUGAGCCCAUCCCCCAUUCAACAGGAGUUCAGCAGUGUGUUAAGGCCAUGGACAUACCUAAGCGAAUCCCAGAGACCCAUUUAUCUGUCUCUCUUGGCAGCACUCUUGGUACCAAGUGCUGUAUGUAUCUGUCAAGAUCUAGUCCAGAAAAGAAAAAUCCACCAAGAGUAAUUACUAUAAACAUUCUUGGAAAGGUAUUAGAGAGCCAAAAAGGUAAAAAGGGAACAUGGAGGUACAGAGAAGUAUGAAUUACCACAGAGAGUUGCACCCCUGAGAUUGUGGGAACGAAGGGAAGAGAUGGGGGUUUUCAUAACCUAGAAGCUCUCACAGUGGCCUCAUAGGUCUGGACCUGGACAAUAGAAGAUAGAGCACUACCAGCCCAGGUGAUGCUGGUAGUUUAGGAACUCAGAAAAGUAGUGUAGAGUUGAUAGCUGUACUUCCUAUUAGGUAAGAUUGAGCUGGUACUGGUUCCUUAGGGACUUGGAAGAAGGUCCGCCAGGACUCUGACACAGAUCUCAGAGACAGAGGGUUACUCCUCUCAUGGAGCAUAUCAAACCCAUAUCAGGGAGCUUUGUGGUAUAGCCUGAAACAUCUGAGAAAGAGGUACUGGCUGGCUGGUAUGGGUUGCCCACAGUACUGGAAGAUGGCUCUGUACAUCUGGUUCUGAGCCCUCUGGCAGGGGGCAUUGACACUAGGUGCCUUUGGUAGGAUUGAUGGAGCUGGUUCUAGAAUGUGGUAACUGACUCUCAGCACCAGAGCAAGAGACCAUUCUGGGCGUAGGGGGAAGGUCACUGACAGUAAAAGCAAUCAAACAGGAAGAGCCCCUUGUCCUUCCCUUUUGCUUUUUAUUCUCCCUCUCAGGCUUUUCUUGACAGCACUUUUCAGGAAUCCAGCUAGAAAUGGGGAAAUAUAAUGUGCCAGUUCCCAUCUCUAGCUCCAUAGACAAAGUAUAAACUUUAGCAUUAGGACUCAGAGAAUAGUUGAUAAUCAGUAUAAGCUAUGUCAGCAGAGUUCUGCUAAUAGUUCUGUGGUGCCAGGUGAUAUAUAGGAGGUGAUAAAUGAUUUGUGUGAUGCUGUCUCAUAUUUUCUGUUGUUUUAUUUAGUUGUGGCUCACUACAUUCUUCUCAUGACCCUGAAUGGUUUGUGACCUAAGUGUAAGAAACCCUGAAUUAGCUGUGACUAAAAGUGAGUGGAGACAAGGUAAGAUAGAGGUUUUGAGGAGUUGAAGUAGCUGCUGGGAUGGAAGAAAGAGUUAAUUACUGAUGCCAAGGAAGAUUCUGACACUACUUGAAAUGCAGGUAAUGAUGGAGAGGAAGGGCUUUGGAGUGGCAGCAGUUCAACGUAUGUAAUGGUGCAAUAGUGACGAAGACGGGCAUGACUUAAAGACCCUUGACAAUGAGAUUUUCUCUUGUUACCACAUCCUAUUUCUGAUGAAAUAACAUAAUAUAAGUUAUUUUCCUCUUUAUAAUGAUUUGUUUCUAAUAGUCCUCUUUCACCUCACACAUUUCCAUCUUAAUAUCCCCAGAUCUGUAGCAGAUACCAAGGAUAUCAUGAAGGGAGACAUGGAAAGGAAAUCUGGUCAUUAGGAUUUGACCUAUAUCAGAGAUGCUUUCCCUUAGAAGUUUCAUCUAGUAUCCUUGGCUUCCAGGAGCUAUCCAUUAGUUCUGGCAAAGUAGCUAGGACUGCCCAGGUGUUCUUGACAUUGUACUGCUGAGAGUAUUUUUAUGCUCUCUACUGUCAGCCCCAUUUGUGUCCGUGUUUAGAAUAUUCAGCCACCAACCAGUGUAUGUUCUGAUGUGUCUCCAAUUUUUUGAAAUCUGUUGUUUUCAAAUGUUAAGGAAAUUAUUGAUACUUUUAACUGAAAGUCAGCAAAUGAAGAAAAUUAGCUUUUACUUGAGUUAAAAUUUGUGUUUUCAACAGGUAUGAAGUAAGUCCAUUCAAAUUGUGAUCUCUGAAUCUUUUAGUGAACUCACUCUAGAUUUAAAUUCUUCGGUCUAAGGUUCUCUAGAGAAUUCAGCUAACUCACCAUGCAUGUAAAAUAUAGAAUGGAAUAUAUCUAAACACAGCCAAGGUGAGUCUCUUACGAUUGAGAACAUGAUGCAGGUGGGCUAGGUGCAGAGAAGGCUGCUGCUUCCAUGCCCUGAUUAGAGGCAGCUGGGUUGUUGACGUGUCCCCAGAUAACAGCCUCAUUCCUAUUGCUCUGUCAACGUAGCUGCCUUCCUUGGAAGGUCCAGGGGUUUUCUGCAGAUGAAAGUGUGUUACAAAUUACAUGUUUGUCUGGAUUGGGCUCCCAAAACUAAUGAGUCCCUUAAGUGAGACUUACUUGGACUGCUCACCUCAAACAGAAUGGGAGCUAGAUAAGAUGUCUGUAGAAGAGAAGGGGAGAUGGAGCAAACUGUCUGAAUAAAGAAACCAAAAAAUGAUCUUCUUUGUAUUUUCACUUCAGCGUUGCGGCUUUGAUGGGCCAGUUCUUCCAGGACACAGAUCCAUAAAGGUCAUCCCUGCACCCUCAACAGCUGAGAGGGAAGAGCCAGACCAGCAGUGCCUGAUGCCCUGCCCUCUUCUGUCCUAAGCAGGUGGCUCCAUAAUGACAGUGGGUGAGGCCCUGGUACACUUCAGAGUCACUCCCCUGCUGCUCUGGUUUGGGGUGUGUCUGUUCAUUUCUGGUCACUCUCAGGCCAGGCCCUCCCAGCACUUCUCUUCCCCAGAGUUGGUGAUCCCCUUGAAGGUGACUGGCUGGGGCAGAAAUGCAAAGGUUCCAGGCUGGCUCUCCUAUAGCCUGCGAUUUGGGGGCCAAAGACACAUCACCCACAUGAAGGUCAAGAAGUUCUUGGUUUCCAGGCCCCUCCCAGUGUUCACCUACACAGACCAGCGUUCCCUGCACCAGGAUCAGCCUUUUGUUCCUGAUGACUGCUACUAUCAUGGUUAUGUGGAGGGUGCUCCCAAGUCCCUGGUUGCCCUCAGUACCUGUUCUGGAGGUUUUCGAGGAAUACUACAGAUAAAUGAUCUUGCUUAUGAAAUUGAACCAGUUAGGUCUUCUGCCACAUUUGAACACUGGGUGUAUAGAAUAGAUAUCGAUGAUACUCAGUUCCCACGUAUGAGAUGUGGGUUAACAGAAGAGGAAAUAGCACGCCAAUUGGAGUUGCAUAAUUUCACUCUGAAGCAAAGUUCUUACACAGGCUGGUGGACCCACUUGCGGUUUCUUGAGCUGGUAGUGAUUGUGGACAAUCUUCGAUAUGUUUUCUCGGGAAGCAAUGUGUCAAUAGUACAAAAUGAUAUAGCUAAUGCUGUCAACAUAAUAAAUAGCCUGUAUCGCCCUUUGGCAGUUGAUGUAACUUUAACUGGGCUUGAAAUCUGGACUGAAGGAAACCAAAUUGCCACUGAUAACAUAGAUAAAAUGUUGGAGGAUUUUGCUCUUUGGAAGUUUUUUAACCUUGAUAACCGACUGCCACAUGAUGCAGCCCAUCUUUUCAUAAAGAAAUCAUUUGACCCUACACUUGGAGUUGCCUAUGUUGCUGGAGUAUGCCAGAAUCCUUUUAAUAGUGGAGUUAUGGUUUUCCAAGAUGAGAGUCUGUAUGAUUUUGGGCUUAUUGUUACCCAUGAACUUGGUCAUAAUUUAGGUAUGCUGCAUGAUACUGAAUUUUGUGUGUGUGAACUUCAGUUUUGCAUAAUGUAUCCCGCCAGAUCGGUAACGAGUAAAUUCAGCAACUGCAGUUUUGCCGAGUUUUGGGACAAUGUGAUGAGGAAUGGACUUUGUCUCUUCUCUCCUCCAAAUCCAGCGAAUAUCUUUAGGAUAAAGUAUUGUGGGAACCUAGUGGUCGAAGAAGGAGAGGAGUGUGACUGUGGAACCAUAGGGCAGUGUGCACGUGAUCCCUGCUGUCUGCCGAAUUGCGCUCUGAAGCCUGGAGCUGCUUGUGCUUCUGGGUCUUGCUGUAAAAACUGCAAGGUCAUGUCAGCAGGGACCUUGUGCAGAAAACAGAUCAAUGAAUGUGACCUUCCAGAGUGGUGCAAUGGGACAUCGCAUCAGUGCCCAGAAGAUGUAUAUGUGCAGGAUGGGAUUCCCUGUCGUGACAGUGCCUACUGCUAUAAAAAGAACUGUGCUAACCAUGAUGAACAGUGCAGGGAGAUUUUUGGCAAAGAUGCAAGGAGUGCAUCUCAGAGUUGCUACAAAGAAAUCAACACCCAAGGAAAUCGAUUUGGUCACUGUGGUAUCAGCAACACAGAGUACAUAAAAUGUGAAGUCCCUGAUAUCCUGUGUGGGAGAGUUCAGUGUGAAAAUGUGGGAGUAAUUCCGAAUCUGAUGGAACAUUCCACAGUGCAUCAGUUUCAAGUCAAUGGCACCACUUGCUGGGGCACCGACUAUCAUGUCGGAAUGUCCAUACCUGAUAUCGGCCAGGUGAAGGAGGGCACAAUGUGUGGUCAAAAAAAGAUCUGUGUUCACAGCAGGUGUGUCACUAUGGUUCCUGAGCCACAAGCCUGUCAGCCCGAGACCUGCCACAUGAAGGGUGUCUGCAAUAAUAAGCAAGAGUGCCACUGCCACCCUGGAUGGGCACCUCCCUACUGCAAGGAUGAAGGCAGUGGAGGUAGUAAUAGUAGUGGCCCAUCUGGUAAUCCCCAAGGAGAUGAGGAAGAAGAGGCGGAAGACACAAAAAUGGAAAAGAACACUCACAUCUUACUGUGGCUUAUUCCUUUGAUUUGUUUAUUUGUAUGUUGCUUCCUUGUGCUUUGUAAGAACCAUAAAAAGAAAAAGGAGCCAGAAAUGAUGGAGGAAGAGGAUACUGAAAAAGAGGAGACGGAGGAAGAAAGUGACUAAGGCUCCUGCUUCAUUCGCAAAGAAAAAAAAAUCCCUGGCUUUUCUUUUAAAUAGUAGAGGAGCAUUAGGGCAUGUCUGACUGCUUCAAGAAAAAUUUAAGGAUCUCUUAUGGCAGGAUCAUAAGCAGUAAUAUUUCACUGAAGGAUUCUUAUCGUGUUCUUAACUUACUCUUCAGUGUGCUAAGCAAUAUUAAAAGUUCAUUUUUUCCUUCUGGAAGUCAUCUCUUUGUUUCCUGAGCAAAGGCACGGAAAAGUCUCAUUUGUAACCUAAUGUCUAUCAGUUGUAAACAUCCUCCCACCUUUGUAUUCUUAAAAUGUCAUAUCCAAGAUGUGCCACUAUAUACCCUA